AUGCCGGCCUCCGUGACGCAGAAGCCCGCCGGCGGCGUGGCCAAGCCGCCGGCGCCGGGCCGCUCCUACUUUUUCGGCGAGUUCGAGCACCACGUGUCGACGGCGGCGCUGUCCACGGAUGGCGGCUCGCAGGCCAGCGACGGCAGCUCGACCGACGUCGGGGUGUGUCUGGAUGACUCGGCCAGCGACAUCAGCCAGGACUCGCUGGUCACCUCCGACUCGGCCCCGCGCGCCGACCCGCCGGACUCGAGCGAGCUCGCCCUGCGCCGCCGCGACGCGCCGCCGCCGUCCGAUGCCGGCUUCCACUUCCAUCUGAACGAGAUGGACGGCGGAGAGCCGGCGGGAGGCGAGGAGGAGGACAGCUUCGCCGGCCUGCGCGACUUCUUCGUGCCGCCUGACGCGACCAUCCGCAGCGGCCGAGGCACCGUGCGCGGCGUCAAGAACCGCGUGCGCGCCGGCAUCGCCACCUUCCUGCAGGAGAACACGCUGGCCAAGAGCUUCAAGGAGCGUGAGCGAGGCCGCCUGGUGGUCUACAUCACCACCAUGGGCAUCGUGCGCAGCACCUACCAGAAGUGCCUGCGCGUGCGCCAGAUCCUGCGCACGCAGAUGGUGCAGUUCGAGGAGCGCGACCUCUUCCUGAGCGCGGCCAACCAGCAGGAGCUGCGCCAGCGCCUGGGCUCUGACUGCGUCCAGCUGCCUCAGCUCUUCCUCGAGGGACAGCUGCUGGGGGGAGGAGACACUGUGGAGCGCCUGAACGAGACCGGAGAGCUGAGGCGGAUGCUGAAGCCGUACAAGAGCACCUCACCGGCGUCGGCGUGCGACAAGUGCGGGGGCUUUCGCAUGCUUCCCUGCACGUCCUGCAACGGCUCCAAGAAGUCCUGCCACCGCAACUACUUCACGUCCGAGUGGGUGAUCCUGCGCUGCUGCGCCUGCGACGACUCGGGCCUGAUCGUGUGCGACCGCUGCACCAGCUGACCUGCGUCCGGUCAAGGCCGCGGCGAGCGCAGAGGCGGCACCAGGGACCGCGCCCAGGGAGGACAGACGUCCCAGACAGACGAGCCGUGCCGGCUGGGCGGGGUGGUGCUGGACGUCCGGCGGCUGCGCCGGUGACGGACUGCGCGCUUCCGUGAGGUGUGUGGGAGUGGAUCUUCGUCCGACUCGGCUGCCAUGCAGAUCCGGGUGGAAGUGGUUUCGCUGGAACUUGGAGCAAAGACAGCUCUGUGCUAUAGUCGGAAGAACCACUUCGUUGGACGCAAAUGGUGUCGAGUCGUCGACACCGUCUCCCUCGGCAGUCUGAUGCCCAGGGUUCCUCUCUGAUCAGACAUGCACUGCCCAGCCCACCCACAUCGAGGGGAUCCAGGAAUCUGACGGAGCGUUGGCUGUCGGGAGGAAGAAGACGGGCUUCAAUAUGACCAGAAAUUCAGUGAAGAUCAACAGCCCGAGUGCACUAGCGCGCAGCAUUCGGGGUUGGAUUUUGGCGUGACGAUCUAGCGUUUUAUUCGGCGCGUUUCACACGUUGUCACCACAUGAAGCGUUAUUAAGGCUCACUCUCGCACGACGCACGAAUGUGCCUGCGGCGCUCUGACCGCGAAAACUGUCACGCGUUCUUAACAGCCUGUUCAAUUGCAAUGUUGAUGACCGUGCAAGAUUCAUCGCACUAAUUCCCCACCGCGCAUCUGCUUAGCAAAGUCAGAAAGCGCCGCAUCGACUUCGCAUGUGCGGUGUGCACAUCUGUAGCGACAAACAACUUCGGGACGUUUGUGACGUCACCCGCAGCAGUGACGCUGCGGAAUGCGGGGCCGCUGAGGAGCCGCAGCAGUGGGGCGGUCGGGUUUCCCAGUUUUCGCGGACGAGCGUGUCCGGUGACAGGCGCCGGCCAUUCGUGCUUUGUUGGCGGUUUCACCGGAUGGCGCGCAGUUGGCUCUUGCCAUGAGAAGCAGUGACGCGCGAGUGGGUUGGAUUGUCUUUCUUUGUCGGAGGGUUUGUGUAUCGUUAGGUGGUGAAGUAACCAACCAUUGCGUCAAAUAUAUUUAGCGGAAGGUCGU